AGUAUAAUUUGUGAAGUUUCAUAAUUUUGCGCGAUAUAUUACGACUUGCGCUGUGGCAGCUGUUAUGUCACGGGCAUGUGAAAGACUCGAACGUUCGCCGCUAGCAGCAUCGCCAAAAACUGCCAAGUUUUGCAAGCAUCAAUAAACGCGACGUAAACAAAUACAAUUAGCGUGUUUCAGGCGCUAAUGAGUGCACGUGCAAUUUGCCGGAACUGGGAGUCGCGGCCGGCGUUGCUAGUCAUCCUCGCAGCCGGGGAGUGCGUGCAAAUAGGUUAACUUCAUACUUCAUGUAAACGUAACGUGCGGUGUAGUCCUUGAGUUUCCUUUGCAAAUUUUCGGCACUGCCAGGAACGAAACUAUGGACUUUGAUUCGGACGACGAGACCAAUAUCAUCGAGGAGGAUUUUUACGCAUUUUUGAAUAUUCCACGAGACGCCUCUAAAGAGGAUAUCAACAAUGCCUAUCGACGUCUUAGUCGACUAUAUCAUCCAGAUAAACAUCUGGAUGAAGAGAGCAAGGCAAAGGCAGAGCUGUUAUUCAACAAAACAAAGAGGGCAUAUGAGGUGCUUUCAGAUCCACACCAAAGAGCAAUUUAUGAUAGUCUAGGAGUAAAAGGGCUGGACACUGAAGGAUGGGAGGUUGUACAGAGAACGCGGACACCUGCUGAAAUUCGUGCUGAAUAUGAACAACUUGCUGAGGAGAGGGCAGAGAGAAAGAAGCAACAGAGAACUAAUCCUCAUGGAUUAGUAACAAUUAACAUUAAUGCAACUGACUUGUUUAAUCCAUAUGUAGAUGAACUGAUGGAUGAUGAUGUUGAGUCUGGAGGAUUGCCAAACAUAGAAGUAUCUGGUAUGACAUUCAAUCAGUCUGUGGAGUUUCCACUAACUCAAAAAGAUACCUGCACCAUGAGUGGAUCAUUGCAUACACAAAAUGGCAAUGGAAAUGGGGAUGUAAGCUUCAGUUGGCGGCACAUUUAUUCACAUAAGUCGUGGAUUGAGACGGAAUUUGCUGCAGGAAAUGGGCCUGUGUUUAGUCUAAAAGCUUUUCGGACGUUAAGCAAGAGGUUUUUUUGGAAUGGUGGUACAAUGCUACAAUUGGCACCCCAAGGAUUCCGAGGAGGUCUUGUAUCCACGAUUGCCAUGCAGAUUGAUAAACAUUCAGUAGGAUAUUUGACUUACCAAGGUGGUCUUCGUAAUUUUGUCUCGUCUUCAAUUGUUCGUGAUACAGAGACUGGGACCGGGUCGUUGAUUAUGCAGUUGGGUCUUCCACACUCAUUUGUUUCCGUUAGUUAUGCUAGAAAAAUGAUGAACCAAGAAUUGAAGUUAAAAGUUUUGAUUAAAUUGGGCACAUUCGGAGGGCUAGUAGAGUAUGGCGUUGAAAGAAAAGUGUCAAAGCAUAGCAACUUAUCAGCGGCCGUAUCGGUAGGAGUGCCGAGUGGCAUAAAACUUAAAAUUAGAUUAACUCGUGCAAAUCAAGUGUACUCGUUCCCCAUUCACUUGUGCGAAGAAGUGAUGCCAGCACCUAUUUUCUAUGCGACGAUCGUGCCACUUGUCGUUUAUGUGGUGGUGCAGAAGGGUUUUGUCGAACCAUUUCUCAAGGAACAACGCGCUCGGAAAGUGGAAAAGCAGCGGCAGGACAACCGUCAGAAAAUGGCUGAAAAACGAAAGGAAGCUCAAGCUGCGGUGGACCUCAUGCAGGCGGCCUAUGAGCGAAUCAUGAUCGACGAGACCAGUAAAAAUGGUCUUGUUGUUGUGAGAGCUAUAUAUGGUAAAAUAUGUGCUGAGGAAGGUGAUGUGAUUCAAGACCUGACUGAAGAAGCGAUAGAUGUUACAAUACCACUUCAAUGUUUAGUGAAAGAUAGUAAAUUAGUUUUGCACGACUUAUCAAAGAGUCAACUUCCGGGAUUUUUUGAUCCGGCUGUCGGCGAAGAAAAAUCACUGCACAUCGCCUACACGUAUAGGAACCAGCAACACGAAGUGUUGGCGCACGACACGGAGCCAAUACGCAUACCGAAGCUAGGUAAGUCAGCGCGCGCGUCACUCAGUUCGAAUCAAAGGAGAUAAUCCACCCAGUCCUUCCUCAAUUUCCUUCUCUCGCUCCACCCUGCCUCGUCGCGAACAGCUCAUAAGUUUGUCAACGUGAGAGAGUCGCGCCGAUGGCAAUCCCGUGGGAGAGUCUGACGACCAUUAACGAACGGCUUUCGCUCCAUCCAUCCACAGCCAAGUAAUGGUUUGCACGCCCGAGUAACAAAUUGGUUCUUAGUGUGUUCACUCUGGCGUGCACACAGCGAAUUGUGUAAUUUGAUUUGCAAUCUGAGCAAUUAUUGUGCUGUAAACAUCGUUGACGUAGUAUUGUUACAAAUAAAUAAUUAUUUGUUAUAAAAAAAA